UCAUCAUCACCCAUCUUUCUCGCCCUCUCUCUCUCUCUCCCCCACUCUCUCUCUGGUCUGCUCCUUCUUCCUUCAGUGAAGCAUUUUCAUCCAGACUCCAGAGUCAUACCAUCUGAAUGCUGCUCUAGUUCUGAACCAAUUAGAACCUCUGCUGCUGCUAUAUCUCUCUGAACUGUAACCCAUUUAAGGUAGUAUUUUUGAGCUGCUUUUUUAUUUUUGUGGUGAAUUUUCAGUAGAGAUAGACAGGCCACCUGGAAAGAGAUUAAGUGGUUCCUUUGCCCAGGAUCAUCCUGUAGGUCAAGAAUGUUUCACCUGUUUGGGUAGAGACAGAACCCCCCACACAAGGAAAAAAAAAAGGAGAAAAAGAAAAAGAAAAAGAAAGAAAGAAAGCUUAGAUCUUUAAUUAGCUUCUCCUGACUUGGAGGUGGAGUUGGUGCCCGUUCCUCAUUUGUGGUCAUAUGAUUGAUGAGAUCCUGUCUCAUUAAUUGUUCCCGUAUAUAUUGCAAUAAUUGCAUUCCUCCUCCUCCUGCUGCUGCUUCUUCUUCUGCCCACUUCCAUUUUAUGGCUUUUCUGGUCCAAAAAUCCCAUCUUGGUCAUGCUUCCAUGGAGAAACUGAGCUAGCUUUCUGCUUUCAAGAGAGAGAUGAAUGUGGGUGUCGAACUUGAAGUUCCCAGCUUGCUUGUUCCUCCAUCUUAGCCGUGUGAAGAUUGGGGUCAGUCCACCUCUUUGACCCUCGCACAGUUUCCAUUCCUCCUCCGUUGGAGUAUGGCCCAGAAUAAUCAGGGAAGAAUGCCAGAGAACUUGAGGAAACAGCUCUCGCUUGCUGUUAGAAGCAUUCAGUGGAGCUACGCGAUCUUCUGGUCAAUCUCUGCUACACAACCAGGGGUCUUGGAAUGGGGUGAUGGGUACUACAACGGCGACAUAAAGACGAGGAAAACAAUUCAAGCAGUAGAGAUCAAGGCUGACGAGUUGGGAUUGCAGAGAAGCAAACAGCUCAGAGAACUUUAUGACUCUCUCGCUGCUGGUGAGUCAAGCCCGCAAUCUAAAAGGCCUUCCACUUCCUUGUCCCCUGAAGAUCUGUCCGACACCGAAUGGUAUUAUCUGGUCUGCAUGUCUUUCGUGUUUGAUAUUGGUGAAGGUUUGCCUGGAAGGACAUUAGCAACAGGUCAACCCAUUUGGCUAUGCAAUGCGCCUUAUGCAGAUAGCAAGGCCUUCAGUCGUUCUCUGCUUGCAAAGAGUGCAUCUAUUCAGACUAUAGUGUGCUUCCCAUUCUCUGGGGGUGUGAUCGAACUGGGAACAACAGAACUGGUAGUGGAGGAUCUUAGUCUCAUUCAACACGUCGAAAGUUCUUUCUUGGAGAUGCCAUACUCUAUCAUUGGCGCGACAAAUGCUGAUCGCGGUAUAGGAGAUAAAAGAAGUGAGGAAGGCCUUGAUUUUGAUACUGUGUUUGGUACAAAACUGAUUCCAGUCAUCGGAGAACUAGAUGUGACUUCUCCCAAUAUCAGCUCAAGUGGGUUUGACCCUGGUCAUCUCCCAGAAGACCCAUUUCUGAUCGAAGGAACAAAUGGGAUGGCUUCUCAAGUUCAAAGUUGGCAAUUCGUAGAUGAUGAGUUCAGUAACGGUGGGGCUCACUGUUCCAUGAACUCCAGUGACUGCAUAUCUCAAACCCUUGUAGAGCCGGUGAAAGUUGUAUCAGUUCUGAAGGGAGAGAAGAUAAAUGACCAUUGCGAUCCCGAGGAUGUGGGCCCCGUGGAGCCUCGGAGCGAUGAUUUGCACUAUCAGAACGUUCUCUCAUCUCUCUUGAAAUCCCAUCAGCAGCUGAUGCUAGGGCCCCGCUUCAGACGAGGCAGGCAAGAGUCGAGCUUCUCGAGUUGGAAGAAAGAAGGGAUAUUAAAUUUGCAGAAACCAAGUAGGACCCCGCAAAGAAUACUGAAAAAAAUCUUGUUUGAGGUUCCUCGGAAGCAUGGGUUUCUCAAUUGCCCAGAAGAAAAUGCCAAGAAAAAUGGAGUUUCAAGGCCCGAGUCGGACCAAAUUGGACCGACUCAUGUGUUGUCAGAAAGAACAGAGGGGGAAUUAAUAAGCGAACGCUUUUAUGCUCUAAAGUCGAUUAUACCUUCAAUAGGCAAGGUCGACCAAGUGACUUUGUUAGAUGACACAAUCGACUACCUCAAAGAUCUCAAAAGACGGGUGGAGGAGUUAGAAUCGGUUAGGGAGGAGCCGAUAGGGUUAGUGCCAAAAUCAAGAAAGAAAUCACAAGAAGCUUUUGAGAGGACAUCCGAUAACUGUGACCAUAUCAAAUCAGGAUUCAGCAAGAGGCCACCAGGUGGAAAAAGGAAAGUCCGUGAUGCUGAUGAAAUGGGAGAACUAGAGAUUGAACAAAGAGAAGGUUCAAUUGAUAACAAUUUAACAGUUAGAAUAAAGGGUAAGGGUGUGGAGAUGGAGAUAAGGUGCGAUUGGAGGGAAGGAGUGUUGCUAGAGAUCAUGGAAGCACUCAGCGAUCUCCGUUUAGAUUCACAGUCUGUUCAGUCAUCCAAUGUUGACGGAGUUCUUUCCCUUAAAAUCAACUGCAAGUAUCGAGGAUCGACAACUCUGUCAGUGGGAAUAGUCAGACAAGCACUUCAAAGAGUUGUUCGGAGCAGCUAAAAGCUAACAUUGUGCAAGACCCCGAGGAUGCCGUACUGGUUGAGCAGUCUGAUGAACUAAUAAGAAAUUCCUGGAAGUAUCGUAUCUUCGUUUUUUUCUGGUUACGCGUAUACGAUCCUCAUCUAACAGAGACGUUCAACUUCCUCCAUUUCCCCAUCCUUGGAUCGCAGCUGAAGGUAACUUUGUAGAUUAGAAUGUUGACAGAAGAUGUAAUCCGAAGAAACUUGACAGAGAAAGAGAUGUCUGUUCCUCUUUUUUGGGAAUCAUGUACGAAGAUCGGAUGAAUCACAACCGUUGACUGUUAAAUCACCAUCCACAGCAGUCGGUUGUAUGAGGUCAAUUAGAUUAGAUUUUCUCUGGCAAGAAACUGAUCACAUAUUGAGCUUUUAGUAUUUAUAUGGGAUGGGAUUGUAUGAUGGCACUCAUUAACAGAAACAGAGGUUGCAGGGGCACGUGAAAGAGAAA